CUUGAACUCCCUUGCUCCGUUUCUUGCUCGCCUCAAACGCUCCCGUAGACAGUAUCAUACACUACUCUCGUAUCUUUCUUGCUCAAACACAAGAUAAAAGCGAUCCCCUACCUCCAUCACCCUUAGAUAUGGCAGCCGCCCUGAACCCCGUCUUCAAGUUCAACCGUGAGAUGCAUACGGUGAAGGUGGAGAACAUCGCAGAAUCGGCCAGCGUGCAAGAUAUUGUGGAGUUGUUCACCACUCUGAUUGGCGAGGUGCGCAAGUGCGAGGAAAUCAAGGACGGCAGCCGCCGGGUCCUCGGGCUAACCUUCUUGACUCAUGACGCCACCAAGAAAGCCUUGUGCAUGUCGGGCUACACGGUUGCCGGUGUCCCGUUGACCGUCACCGCCGUGUCGCCCAGUGAGGUGAAGAACAGCGCCAAACAAGGCAAGCAAUCGGACACCCGCCGUAACCUUUACGUUCUAGGAUUGCCGUUUGAACUCACCAAGUCCGAGUUCGUCGACAUUUUUUCUCGCUACGGAACGGUAUCUCAUGCCGUCGUACUCGCCACCGUCGACAACGCCUCCCGUCGUCGUGGCUUCGUCGUGAUGAGCACCCACAACGAGGCUAGAGCCGCCAUGGAUGGUCUUGGUCGCAAGGAGAUCAAAGGGCAUAUCAUCGACGUCUCCUGGGCUGUUGUCCAGCGUUCCCAAGGUUUCCUAGAUGGUGGCGAUCGCACAACCGUUCUCAGCCAGUCACCCCCCUCUACGCCUUCGCCCUACGACUUUGGGGUCCCUAAGUCUAGCCCCCCCUCGGCUCAAUGCUCUUUGCGAUCAACGCCUGUCCCGGAUCAAGGUCUCAUCAGCUUACUGUCGGCCCAGCCAGCGUCUCUCUUGGUCACCAAUCUCCCCGCGGUGCUGUUCUCGGAAAUGGCUGAUUUGUAUCCCCUCUUCUGUCCGUUCGGCGAAGUCAAGCAUCUCGAGAUCCUGGACUCUAGUGUCGCUGCUCUCGAUCGAGGCGACAUCUCUGUUCAGGUCGAAUACGAGACUCUGGCACAGGCUCAGGACGCUUAUGGUGCUCUCCAAGGCCAAAUGUAUUCCAACAAGCCCGUCAAGGUCGAGUUUACGCACAAGCCCGCCGUCGACGUUUCUCUCUUUGCUGGAAAAGAUCUGAAGGCUGGACUGAACCCUCAUGCUGCGCCGUUCGUUGCUCCUACUGGUCUGCCGCCCGACACACUCUUCGCCCCUGUAACCUCGCUCUGCGCCAAGCCGGACCAGGACCAUAUCGCUGCUGCGCUUCCCAACGGACUGCUUGCUGUGAACCCCUACGCUCUCUCCCAACUUGCGAUGCCCUCCUCCAUGUAUAGCCACUUGUACGUCCCUAUCACGGGGACCAUCAGGCCAAGCUCUGCUCCUUCGUAUGCCCCUUUCCUCUUAACCGCGUAUUGUCGCUGAAUCAUCACAUCUAGCUGGUCGGAGCCGACUCCUGAUCGGCGCCCGGGUCAGUGGGCCUUCUCUCAACUCGAGCGCAUGUCCAACAUGUCCACGCCGUCCCUGGGACAGACCUUCGCUGCCUAGACCAUUGCUGCGCUACUUCUGGCAGUCCAAUCCUCUCUGCUCUACUGUCCGUAUACCCUCAAAGUACCACACCGUUUAAUCUGGAACUCAGUCCGCCCGGGUACCCUACAUUCUUUCCUCAUAAUCUCUGGUUCGUGCCGACUGGUGGAUGUUUGCGUCUUCAAGGGGGGUUUUCCGGAUGAUGUCAGUGAGGCAAUGUGCUUCGAGUGCUUCGUGUCUGUGUUCCAAACUUGUGCCUCUCUUUACUACCUUUGUUCAGGACUGUGAAUUGCCAUGGAGUUUGUACUAUUUCGUUAUGGAAACCAUUCGUUC